CUGGUGCGCUGCAACCGCAUACCUACGAUACGAGCCCCACGAACAAAACCCCCACGAUACCCACGAUAAGCCCCAGAGAACGAAGCCAGCACGCCCACACACCAUGUCCGGACUCGAGAAAGCCCUUUUCAACCUCAAGUUCACGGCGAAGCAGCUGAACCGCCAAGCCGCAAAGGCGGGCAAAGAUGAGCAGACGGAGAAGACGAAGCUGGAGAAGGCGAUGAAGCAAGGGCACAACGACAUUGCGCGCAUCUACGCGGGCAACGCGAUCCGCAAGCAGAACGAGAAGCUGAACCUGCUGCGGCUGGCGUCGCGCAUCGAUGCCGUUAGCAGCAGGGUGCAGACGGCCGUGACGAUGCGGCAGGUCACGGGCAGCAUGGCCAACGUGGUCAAGGGCAUGGAUUCAGCGAUGAAGGCCAUGGAUCUCGAGAAGAUCUCCGCCGUAAUGGACAAAUUCGAGACGCAAUUCGAAGACCUGGACGUCGCGACCGGCUACUACGAGAACGCGACGUCGUCGGCCACGGCCGUCGGCACGCCGCAGGAGGACGUCGACCGCCUGAUGGCGCAGGCGGCGGACAAGGCCGGCGUGGAGCUGACGCAGGAGCUGGCGGGCGCGACGCCUGCGAAGACCAAGGUCGGGCCGACGGAGCAGGAGGAGGAGGGCUUGAAUGAGCGGCUGCGCGCGCUGAGGAACUAGUGCGCUGGUAGUGGUGGUGGUGCUCCUGGCGAUGUCGCCUCGUAUGGAGCACGCACGCAUGGCAGUGUUGUGACGCGAUUGCACGGAGUUUCUGGCGUUGCGGGAUUGAUAGGUUGGGCAGGGCAGGGACGGGCUCAGGACUUCGUACAUAGGUAGGUACAUAGGCAGGCAGGGAAGAAAGCCAUAACGCACCCAAACCUACGCCUGGGAUCCACGACCUCCCUCCC